AAUCUCCUCUACACAUUGGCAUGCAGAACCCCAUGCUCUGGAAUAGAUGUGCACAGCCCGUCUUAACCUUGUCUCCACCUGUUGUUGCAGUUCCUGGGCAAUGGACAGUGAUGUCUCAUAGGCCUUUGAGCAAAUCCCAGUCGGCACCUUCUUUUAUUCAGCACAUCCACACUCAGACUGUUAUGAUUACACACCCCAUGUACCAACAGCAGACAUUCCAGCAACACACUGAGACAAAUGCACAUUUGCAAGCAAACACACAGAGGUCUUGUUCAGAGGCUCAUUGUAAGGUACCUUUUCACAUGGUGCGGCCCGUGCCUUCUGGAGUGCUGAGAAGAGACAGAGGAAGAGCAAGAGAGGACUUACGCAUAUGGUCCCAAUCGCUGCAUGAAAACUGUCGCAGUAAUCGACUGGGAGUACUGCACAACAGUGAAUGCUGUGAUGAACAAAACAGAAUGUAUCACCGGAACCUUGCGCGUAUGCAUUCCUCUCCAGACACCUUUAAAAGAAGUCUGCCUUUACAUUUUUCCUCACCUCUAGCCCGGGAUGUCAGGAGAAAAGCAAAUACUACAGGUUUGGUGUUGGACUAUAAGAUGCUGCAGCAUGAGUGUAACUGUGGAGAUGGGACUAACUUUCAUACUGGGUAUGCUGGCAGAAUUACGAGUAUCUGGUCAAGAUUGCAGGAGUGUGGCCUCAGGAGUCAGUGUAAGUGGAUUAAAGGCAGGCCGGCCACGUUUGAGGAACUACUGUCAGUCCAUUCAGAACAGCUUAUUUGUUCGUACUCUGGGUUCUCAGAAAGUACAGCUUCCAUACCAUAUCGAAGUCAAACAGACCUUGAUACAAUAUUGAAUAGUUCCUGCAGUGCAGCAAUACUUAAGAUGGCAGUCGGCAAUGUGAUCGAGCUGGCUCUGCGUGUGGCUGGAGGAGAGCUAAGGAAUGGGUUUGCUGUAGUGACACCUCCAGGACACCAUGUAUCACAUUCUCAAACAUAUGGUUCCAGUAUCUUUAAUUCUGUGGCCAUUGCUGCUAAACAGCUUCAGGAGCGUUUAAACGUUAAAAAGAUCCUUAUAGUAGAUUGGGAUGUUCAUCAUGGCUAUGGAACUGAGGAGAUAUUCUACACAGAUCCUAGUGUCCUCUAUAUAUCCCUGCAUCGCUAUGACAAUGGUUCUUUCUUCCUUGGAAAUGGACAACCUACCAGGGUAGGAUCUGAUAGAGGGGAAGGCUAUAAUGUAAACGUGGCGUGGUCAGGAGGCCUGAGUCCUCCAAUGGGAGAUGCAGAAUACCUUGCUGCAUUCAGAACAGUUGUUAUGCCAAUUGCUCAUGAGUUUUCCCCAGAUGUGGUCCUGGUUUCAGCUGGUUUUGAUGCUGCAGAGGGCCACCCAGAGGCUCUGGGUGGAUACAGAGUCUCAGCAGGAUGUUUCGGAUUCUUGACCCGGAAUUUAAUGGAGUUGGCUGAAGGUCGAGUUAUGUUGGUGUUAGAGGGAGGUUCUAACCCCAUAACCCUCUGUGACGCGUUGCAAGCAUGUGUCAGCGCGCUCGUGGGAAAUGAGCCUGAGCCUUUAAAUGAGGAAGAAUUAGUGAGGAAGCCCUGUGUCAACGCAGUCGAGUCUCUAAAGACAGUUCUACAUGUUCAGAGCAGGUACUGGCAUUCAGUGAGGUCUAUGGUCGACACUGUGUCUCUGUCCUACGUGAAUGCGGAGAGGAGAUACUCAGCAGGAAGUGAAGCUGCUUUAGUCCUGGAUGGCCUCCAUAUGACUGUUCCAAAAAAAAGCUGUUGCCUAAAUGAGCCAAUGGAGCAGGAUGAAGCUGAAUCGAUGUAGAAGCCAGUCUGUGUUUUUCUGAAAGACUUUAUUACUCUCCAAGCAGAAGUCGGACAUCCAGUGCUGUAACAGACUGAAGCUGCUAUGACAUUACUAUGGUGGCUGCACUCUUGUGUGAGACAGGAGACAAUCCUCAGGAACUAGGCUGAACAAGAUAACUUCACUGUCACUGUCAAUCUCAUGUGAUUUAUUGAAAUGCUUAAUCAGUUGUUUGAUGACAAGAUUUUGCAAUUAUAGCUUGCUCAUGAAGCCUCUGGGCAAUGUCAAAUAAGGAUACCAUACAGACAAGAAGUGAACAUGUAAUGAAUUUAAUUAAUUAAGAGUAAUUUUUUUAACAUUCAGCAAGGAUGCAUUGCUUUCGAACUUUCUAUUCAUCAAAGAAUGUAAGAACUGUUUUCAGUGAUUGACAUGUUUCUUGAACACCAAAUCUCCAUAUAUUAUAAUGACUGCUGAAAAUUCAGC